AUGGAUAGUGAAUAUGUACCAGUAUCCAAAGAAUUCAAGAUUCAUGUCUUUCGAAGGGAUGGAAGCGUGUUGAAUGAUAUAAGACAGAGAUCCGGAGCAAUAAUUACAUCCAGAGAUAGAGAAGAAGGAGUUGCUGUGAGCGGAAAUGACCAGCAGAGAGAAACUGCAAAAAGACUAAUUUUAGAAAAAGAGGUGAGUUGAUACUUUACAUAUAAAUGAUGCAAUAACAAAAAUAUAAUACCCAUAUAAAAAGAAAAAUUCUGAAUACCAUAUCCUUUAUUUCCAGAUUAGUUUCUAUGACCUGAAUCCUUUCCUAAUUAGAUGUUCGAAAGGUAAUUGUUGAACAGUGUAUGAAUUUUUUCAUUAACGUCGGUAAUUAUGAACAUAAUUGAACUCGUUUUUUCAUUCGAAUGUUAUUGAGUGUCCACGAAUGCUGUUUAGAUUAGAUCUACUGACACGCGAGCUGCAAGUCACCGCCUUUUUUCUUCGCAGGAGGAACUGGUGCUAACCACUAGGGAGAAAGUGGAGAUUCCAACCGAGUACAAAGGCUUUGUGAUUGGAAAGUACGGAGCUAAUCUUCUCAGGAUAAGCAAAGAAACAGGGGCAGAAGUGAUCCGUGAAAGAGGAGAGGUGUAUAUUAUUCGGGGAAACAAGCAACAAAGGGAUCAGUCAAAGUUGCUUAUUAAACGCAGAGUGGUAGGUAGUUUGGAUAAAUUUUGUUUGCCCUCAAUCAAUAAAUCGUCAGUUACGCAGGGUAGAAAAUUCUGUGAGUCUUUUAUUGAGCUUUAACCAGUUUUGUUUGUUACGACAAUGUCGUUAUAAUUUUUCUUGCAAUACUAUUACUAGAGGUGCAAUUGUGUUAUUUGUUCGUGUUCCCGAUAUUUUUGCACAUGCUCAAGCUCAAAAGCAUGCCAAAUGUGGUUCUCAUUAUCAUACUCGAUAACGUUAAUACAGAAAAAGUAAAGAAAUGAACAAGUGCACCCUACUUCAAGAAGGGUACACUUGUAAUUGUUGCACGUGCUCCAAAAAAAUGACAGGGUUUAUUCAAUAACAACUUGCAAGUGAUGAGUUGAUGUUUUUCUCAUAAACGACGCGGUAACAAAAUAAAAUACCUAAAAAGAAUACUGGAUACCACACCCUUUAGCUCCAGAUUAGUUUCUAUCGGGUAAGUCCUUUCCUGAUUGGAUGUUCAAAAGGUAAUUACAGAGUAUGAAUUCGUCAAUGAAAGAAGGUGAUUAUGAACAUAAUUAGACUCGUUUUGUUCAUUCGAAUGUUAUAGAAUGUCCACGAAUGCUGUUGAGAUUAGAUCUACUGACUGCUGCAAGUCACCGCCUUUUUUCUACACAGGAGGAAAAAGAGGUAACCAGAUGGGAGAAAGUGGAGAUUCCAACCGAAUACAAAGGUUUGGUAAUUGGAAAGCAGGGAGCUAGUCUUCUCGAGAUAAGCAAAGAAACAGGGGCAAAGGUAACUCAUGGAAGAGGAGAGGUGUAUAUUAUUCAGGGAACCAAGAAACAAAGGGAUCAAGCGAAGUUGCUUGUUAAAAGUAGAGUGGUAGGUAGUUUGGAUAAAUCUUUGUUUGCCCUCAAUCAGUAAGUUUUGUUCAUUCAAUUCUUUGAGUCUUUUUUUAAACUCAAACCAAUUUUGUUCGUUACGACAAUGUCGUAAUUAUUUUUCUCGCUAUAUUAUUACCAGAGGUGCAAUUGUGUUAUUUGUACGUGUUCCAGAUAUUUUUGCACAUGCUCAAGCUGAAAGGCAUACCAAUUUUUCCUCUAUCUAGGUGCCCGAGAGGAUUUUCCUCAAGGUCUAACUGUGCGUGUGCGUUUUUUUCUCUUUUUCUCCCCUUCGUUAUUAUUUUGUUUUAAUCUACCACUACAUCUACUUCGUAUAUCUGUGUUGGCAGAUGUUUAAGAUAACUGCAGGUGCAAAAAAAUGAAUAGUGUAACAUUUGAUAACCACCUCCAAUCCCCCUUCUUUCACUGAAAAGCAUUAAAAACGUACAAAGGAGCUUAUUAUUUUCAGGCUUUAGCAAGACGUAGGGGCUCAAAAAACAAUAGAAAUACAGUCAGCUGUUUCUUUGACGGUCGGAAUAUUUCCGAGAACUGUAAACUGAAUCUGGAGCGAGUGUUCCCUGGGUCUUAUACGCACUUCCGACCACAACCUUCAAAAGAAUCCAGCCUACAGGAUUGCACUUGUGUAUUUCAAUUUGAGGUCUAAACAAGAUGUCAAGCGAGUAAAUUAUUAGUAGACAAUUUAAAAGGAAUGAAAUGGGGUCGUGGUUAGGCAACGCGUAGUUUGUCAUGGCUGCAAUAUAGCCCUGUUUUCCAACUCAUUUAUUAGACUAACAGGGGGAAAUAGAGAUUAGUACUUUUGAGGAAGUAAAAAAUUCCAUGCGGAUAUAAAGGUGAUAAUUGGUAGGCACGGAGCACGGAUAUCAUCAAGUUUCUCUUUUUUGUGCGGCAGCUACUCCCAGGCUUGUGAUGUCCGUUUUUCUGGCUUGGUAACAGAAUCUUUGCAUGCUGUGGUCAGUAAUGAAAAAGGAAGGUUUUGUCAUCCUGCCAUCUACAGUUGGGUUAACCUGAUCACAAAUAUAUGAAAAAUCACUAAGGAAGACUUCAAUUUCAGGUUAAAGCAAAACUAAGAGGGGUGAGGAACAAAUUUUAUAAUUACUGUGCCUUCAUUGAUGGCUGGAAUCUCUCUGAAAACUGCAAAUUGAAGUUGGUUUUAGUGCCUGGAAAAGAGGGGCAGUAUCGACUGAGACCUUCAAGUGAAGAAGGCCAACAGGUGUGUCGUCCUUAAUAUACUUAUCGUUGGCAAAAACAGUAACAACUUUGUAUUAUAUGACUUUAUAUGGCACUAAAUGAGGCCCUUAUUAUGGGCUUGAUAUAAAACAUUUUGGACAAGGUAAUGUACACUUAUCACGGCAGUGUGUUCGAGAGUUGAACUUGUAUUCUGAUGGUCGCAGGCUAAAGUUCUCUACCCAUCUUCUUAAUGAAUUCAUUUUCGCGACUUUUGCACAGCCUUCCCGUUGGUCUCCUAUCCAUUAAAUGUAUGUAGACUAAGUGUUUUCAUUCUUUAAGGAUCACAACGAAAAGUACUGAGUCGCUAGUAUCUGUGCCACCUGUGUUAUUAAGUUUUGUUACCGACAAAAGAUAUCUGGUGGAAUCUACUUCUUAGUACCUUCCUUCUCCAUGGUGCCAAACAAAUGAAAUGUAGGUUUUGGAAAGAAAUAGCCCAAUCGUAAAUGUAUAAAAUUGAUUGUAUAGGGAAAUCUGGUCUAUAAAACCAGAGACCCAAGCCCUCAAAAAUUCAUGUUGUCAUCCACAAUCAAACCAGCUCAAGAAGACGGCCUCCUUAAAAUCAUCUUAUAUCGAAAUAACCCAAACGAUCAAAAAAUUUUCUUUUCCAUUUUCUUGUCGAGGUCUUCAUUCCGUUUUUGAGAAUUAGCUCUAUUCAUGUACCGUUCAAUGUUUUUGUCGAUAAAUCUCCCAUCAGCACGAGAAAGAGAACUUAUAUACAGUCUGAAAAUAAUCCCCGGGUCUCGUCAACGGUUUCUGUUUCUUAAUAUCAGGUGUUGCCUGAAGUCGUGAGGGUUAAAGGUGCUUCUCUUUUAUAGACGUCUUACAUGUAGUGCUGAUGACUAGCUGAAAGUUUAAGGAGAAACAUAGCUAAUGAAGCUACAAAUCCUCACCAAAAACCUUUUUUGGCAUUAGUAAGUUCACGGAAAGUAUCCUCAUUAAAGAUCCUGAAUAAAGCAAUGCAACGCUGUUAUAGUCAGACCAUGCUGAAGAAAAGCCAAUUGUAAAUCUACAUUUUUUGCUAGAUCUUCCUUAUUCUCAUGUAAUCAUAAUUGAUAUGAAGAUUGGCAAAACAAGUCUAUUAUGGUUACCGUCCAAUUUUGUUGUAUACUGAUGUCAGCCAGGCAGGAAACUUUUGUACUCUUUUGUUAUCAGAAAUCUGUGAGCGACUCGCGUUAUUUGUCCAAACUUCAAGACGCUGUGUUGGAAUCACUCCGCAAAAUGAAAGGCCAUGAAGAAGUAAAGAAUCCUGUAGAGGCUGAUAUCUGGUGUCAUUUUGGAUCGGCUGUGAUCCGCAGACCAAGUGAAGGUAGGUAACCCGUAGGACAUAAGAAAACGUGUCCGUUUCAAGUUUUGAAAUAUACCAUGUACAUCUGUAUACCCAUAGAAAACCAAAACAUCUUCCCGUCUUGUGAAAUGGAACCACACGGGAAAAUUCCCAGGUUUAAAUUUGUUAAAGGCCUUUAGUUUGGAGGACACGAUGAAGACACUUUGAACGCAAAAAAAAGCAACGACAAAUAUUUAAUUUUUCUAGCAUUAUAAAAUUUUCUGUUUUCUUAUUUACAUGAGAAGAAAAACGACCCGCAAAUUAAAUGUGCAUUCAAGAUUUUUGGCAAUUCCAUUUUUGCUGUCCGCGAUUUCAGCUUUCAUUUCAUUGUUUUUGCCAAGUUUAAGCGUUUCAAGUACUUGUUGUAAAUUUUAACGAGACUCCAUGAAAGUUUUAAUUCAAGCUGAGGCAAUAGAAACAAAUUUUGUUGAAGGAAAAUAGUGAACCACUAGUAAAAAAAAAAAGCUGGACGGUAUUUGAAUCAUUUCACUAGGCUCGAAGUUGUUGUCUUUCGAUUUCGCCGCUUUUGUCGUGGUGCGGUCAAACUAUGUUAGUAAUGAAUUAAAAGUUAAGUUCUCAUAAUCGAAAUAUAUUUCACCGGUUGAAACUCUACACCUGGCCCUUAUUUCGCCGAAAAAACCUCCAGAGCUUAUCAAAACUGCUUCCUAGGCUUGCAAACUUAAAAACUUUCUAGUUUGACUAGGAAUUAAAGAUAUGAUGUUAGACCCAACUUACACGACACAGUGUGUUUACCACUUUAUCACAUCUUAGAAAUCACCAAAUUCAGUCGCUCAAGUGCAGGUUGUUUUAAUCAUAAAAAUAUUUAUUGAUCCAGUAUGAUUAGUUUCUGAAAACAAGCCCUGCAGUGAAGUUGUCUCAUUGGCAGGGAAAAAGUUGCGAUUACGAGCAUAAAAUGGUGCGAUUAGUAAAUAAUUCGCCCUGAUGAGAGCCAAUCGGAUUUGCAAGGAUCAACGGUGAUUUCAUUUGAAAUGGAUAUAAUUAAGUGUAUUAUUACUGUUAUUAUCGCUAAGUAUGGAAUAAUUGUUAUUUUCAUCAUCAUCAUUAUUUACUAAUCUAACGCAAUACCUUUCCUUCCUCUUACACACUCAAGCAUUCAAAUCAAAGGUGUUCAAAUUUGUGAUUAUCAACAAUACAAACUAAGCUCAAUUAAGCUCUGUUUCCCGUCAGGAGAGUGGAGUAUAGAUGAUGCGACAACAAGAUUUGAAUAUUCUGCCGAUGGAGAUUAUUGGAAAGUUACACUUCAAGAAGGCGUGGAUUUCAUGGCAGAUUUAUUCGAGAAUUAUUUCUAUGAAAAUACACCGAAAGAAUAUCGUGAUUACACCGCCAGAUUUGACUUAACAUUCCUUACUCCAUGCAGUCAUGAACUGAAAUGCAAGGUUAGUCAGUUCAAGGGUCUGAUUACAUGGGCGGCGACUCGCCCAAUUCCAACAUUGGCUUUUAUGAUGCUGUAAGCAAUUCAUCACACGAAGAAAACUUUUAAAAUAAUGGCUGAUGAAUAAAGAAAUGAAAGUCGAAUGAACUAAGGUCUUCUUAAUGUUGUACAUUAUGGGCAGUUUCGAAGAUGUUUCCUUGCACAGAAACAGCAUCAAAAGAAAGCUGAACCAAACCUUAAGGGCCGGUUACUUACAAUGGGUCUUACCCAAGGAAGCAGCGGACCUCAGUGAUUCUCUUGUGCAGGGAAGGUUGAUUUCAUCAAAUAAUUGUUCUUUCACUAUUAGCUAUUGGACCUCUUUACACUGUUCACAAAAGUAAAUGUUCAGAUAAAAGGUUGGGCUACAUUGAAGAUGGUUUAGAAUGCAGUUUUGUUAAACAACGGCUAAACUUUGUUAGCAUAACUGGUCUUAACAAUUUUGAAUAAGCACUGACUACACUAGAUUGCUUCGUGUCAAAACGAUAAAACCUUGGAGUAAGUUAGCUUAAUUAUAUUAUCAUUUAUAACAUAGGUAGUAAAUUUGUGUAAUCAAAUUCAAUUGCGCGAGCGUGCUUCACUGUACACGCUCAUGACGUCAGCAAACAAGUCCGUUGAGAAAAAAAAUUUUCCAUCGGGUUGAAAAUGUUAUAAAACAAUUGGUUCAUACGUCAGCUGUGCGUUCAUCGAGAUAUGAAGCACUUGGGAAGUUUGGAGAGCACUCAAGAAGCUAGAGUUGCUCUCAGCUAUGUCUCGAGAAACUCUUACACAUCUUUAAUGCUCUCCAAACUUUCCGCGUGCUUCAUACCUCGAUGAACGCAUGCUGACGAAUGAACCAAUUGUUAAAUAUCCAUUUAUGUUAAAUAUCUACUUAUUAAGCCACAGCAACUACACAACAAAACAUUUUGAAUGGGAAAGCUUAAGGAAUCCAUUAUUAGUUUCAAUAAUGAUUUUCCAAAAGCUUUUCAUACAUUCUGUUCAGGUCUGGGUAGUUAAAAAAGAUGCCAAGGAGAAGCUGAAAGAUAUCCCAACCCCAGCCGCUGACGUCAGGAGCAUCAUGGAAGAGAUUCACUUCACCGAUGAAUCCACUCGGUCACGAUGUCGAGGCUGGGUGGUUCUCCAGUCACGGAGAUAUUUGCAAGCCGAUAUUUUGUUUCCCGGGUGCGAGUUUGAUUGCAGACUUUUAAUCGAUGAACAUGCAGGUAUUUUCGUUACGUAAUGAAAUAAAAAAAAAUGUUAAGUCUACGAAUUACCUUUUACUAUUUCUCAAAUAUCUUGCAGUCUUGGAAUCUACACUGAAUCAAGAAAAAUAAAGACUUUCCACAUUUUAGUUUAUUUCAUAGGACUUUGAUUUUCUUCAAUGACGUAUUUUGAAAAACGAAUAUGGAGUUUUUUUUUAUUUCUACUCACCCGAUAUGUUGUGAGAUAUAUUUUAGCAGUUUGUUUACAUCACCACAAAAUUUAAAAUAUUGCUACACUCUUUCUUCUCAAAGAAGAACAACAGUCAGGGUUUAGGAAUCAGAAUGAUCGUGAUUUUGUUCAAAAAGGUCUCAAAAGAAGACCUGCUAAUGAGAAAUAAAGGAUUAAUUGGCUUCUUGAAAAGUUCUCUCUCGAUGUAUAUUUUAACAGGAAGGGCCAAAAAGGUAGAUUAUGCGCCCGACGAAGAAGUAAUACGCGUGUUAGCAAGAUAUCUAUCUGGGCUGAUUUUAACGGAUGAUGAACCGUUUGGCCUAAGACUCCCUGAGAAGGCGAUACCCAAGGGAUUUCAUUUGACUCAUGAGCGGCUUUCCAAAGGAAAUGUGUACACGUCUAAACCUGGUUUCACUGUCAUCCUGUCGAAAGAAAAAUCUUGGAGGGCUGAUGUCAAAGAUAGAGCAUUUAGAAAAACGGUAUCGACUCUGCUUCAUUUUGCCCAGUAAUAUAUGAUUUCCAUAAUUUUCGCCAUAAUUUCUUGACUCACUCUUGAAAUAUUUUGAAAACUUUGAAACAGCGAUGAAAUGAGUUGUUUAACAAUAUUGGAUAUCCAUCAGAAUCAAAGAAAUUGUGAAGAAACCUCGAAGUGGCGAGACUAUCUUCUUAUACUUUUAACUUUUAACAACUGAGCUUUAUAUGCUGUAAUAAUGAAUUCUGUUCACUUGUUUUCGUUGGUUUAACUUGAACUCUCUCCCUCUUUUUGUGAAACUUCAGCACUCUUUUAAUCGAAAUUUUCCCAGCCACGUAGAAUGCAACUUUUCCUUAGUUGAGUUCUUGUGAAAGUAUUCGGGUUGAUUCCAAGGUCAUUUAUUUUCAUCAUCGUAUAUUCCUUUCACUAAGGUAGCUUGCUAUUCACUGAACACUAAAAACAACGCUAGUGAAACAGUUCGUCCUGCUGUCUACCCAUGAUAAUCUCCGCCCUUAUACCCUAUGAAAGGCAUUGCUUGGAAGAGUGACAGGUUAUAUUAUUAUUUCUUUCCACUUCCAUUUUUUUGGUAGACGGAUGUACACCUACAUUGCGAAGAGUGGGACAGGCUGCUCAGUAGUGGGCAGUGGCAACCAGAAGAUAUAGUGAAAAAGCUACCAGAGUUUCUCGAGUUUGUCAAGGAAGUUCAAUCAUUUGUUGUUGCUGCCAUAAAGCGCAAUGGAAUAGAAAGAAAAGGUAAAAUUGAUGAAGAGCCAUAGACCUCAAGGCAUGGGCGAUGGCAUCGUCAAAACUAAAUACAUCUCUUGCAUAAAUAACAGCCUAACUAUAUCGUUAGAAAGAAAAAAAACUCAUGUCCAAAUUGCGAGAGUUUGCGUUGUUUGUAAUUUUGGUCUUGAUGUAAUUUUUCAGCAUGUCUAAAUGAGGUGGAACUGAAAAAAAUUAGCAAAGAUACUAUUGAAAGUUUUCGUUAUGAAGAAGAAUCACUGGUCGAUGGAACGAGGAAUAGAAGAAUGACAUUCAAGCAAUGAGGGCUUUUUCUCAAGGCACUGUUUGCCAGAGAAUUUCGGGGGCGUAAAGUGAGCAUUGCUAUAGCAUGCAAUUGCAAUCAUAUUGUGAAAAAUUAUCUGAAAAAUUUUGAGGAGUGCAUCGAUGCUCACACUGAGGCAAUAUUUCAAGAUUCAAGUAUACUUAGCGUUAAUGAUGUCUAAAAUCUGCAAUAGAUAAUUUACAUCUCAACGCACAGGUAGGAUAUAUCCAACAAAGGUUUCUGUUUCCCAACAGUACCAAAUGUUUAUACGCUUUGCUCUCAAAAUGCCUGAAUUGAAACUAUUCCUUUUGAUAAAAAUUUGUUGUUCAUUUUUUUUAAUUCCUUUCACUCCUUUUGAGCCCGGUUAUCCAUUACACAUAAUUAUAUUAAAAACGGUUUUGAUUGAGUCUGUUUCUUUUUGUACCCUGCCAUUUAUUUUGUCAUAAACUAAUGAGUCAGAAUGAGUCAAAAGGAGCCUUGUAGCUAAACCCGUUAUGGUUUCUCGUGGGCUUCUUUGCACUUUUAUUCUAUAGCUACUAACAUCACAAUUUCAAUGAUGGUUACAAAAGUACAACUUGAAAAUAGAUUUUUUUUAAUAACUAAACUACGAGUAUCUUUUCCGUUUGUUGCAGUUCCUCCAACGAUUCGUGCUCGAGGUCCUUUAGCUUUGGCAACCUACUUAAAUGCUUUAGCCGAUGGCCAAGCUUGUGUCAAGAGAGUGCCUCUAAUGAUAGUUGGACAAGAUCGGUCCGGUAAAACCAGCGUGAAGAAGUCUUUGAAAGGGAUUUGCUUCAACCCCGAUGAAGAUAGCACCCUGGGAAUUGAGGUCGAUCGUUUAAAGUAA